UCCGGCGGCGCCGCGGCUGUCCCGUUGCCCGGUGACGAUGUCGGAGCGGCGGGCGAGGGGGCCGCUGCAGCGGGUGCAGCGCCGGAGCCGGGAGCUGCGGGCACAGGUGGAGGCGCUGCGGGCGCAGAGCGCGGCUGCAGCCCCCGGGCAGCGCGAGGCCCUUCGGCUGAGAUGUACACAGCUCAAGGAAUUUGUGGAGGAGAAUACAAACACUCUCCGUGGUUUGAAAAAAGCUGAUGAGCCUGCGCCAGUGGGGAAUUACAGCCAGAGGAAGGAAGAGGAAGAAAAGCUGUUGCUAAGACUCUCCCAGCAGCUGCAGAAACUCCUUCUUGCCUUGGAUCAGAAUAGUGUGACAAAGAAUUAUCCAGGGGGUGAGGAACACCAGAAAGGCCCUCAUGCAGAAGAGGGAAAUGAAGAAGAGGAGGUGAGUGAAGAUGAAGAAAGUGAGGAAGAAGACACUGAAGAAGAAGAAGAUGAGGAGAAGUUGUUGGAUGAUCCAAAUGUUAGAGAAUGUGUUGCUGUCGGGAACUUUGAUGCCCAGCAGGAAGGGGAUCUCACAUUUGUGAAAGGUGAAAUCCUGCUUAUACACGACAAGAAGGCAGAUGGCUGGUGGGUAGCUGAAAAUUCCAAGGGAGAGAGAGGCCUCGUUCCCAGGACAUACCUUGCGGUUCCUAAGGAAGAGGAAGAAAGCCAGGAGGAGUCACAAGAACACACAGAAGUGGUGGAUGAAACAGCAGAUGUAACUGAAAUUCAAAAAAGAAACAAUUCCUACUGGAGUGCUGUCCGAGCCAUCAUGGAGAAUGACAUUUUGGAGGUACUGACCACCACAGGAGCAGUUCCUGCAGGGUUCCGCCCAUCCAUGCUUUUCCAGCUCUUGGAAGAAGGUGAAGAGUUUCGAGCAAGUUACUAUUUGCAACCUAAGCUUACUCCAUCCCAGCUGGCUUUCAAAGACUUGGUGUGGAACUCUGAGAGAAAUACUAUCCAUCCUAGACCCACCAGAGUGUCCCUGAUUGUCACUUUAUGCAGCUGCAAGAUGAUCCCUCUCCCUGGGACUGGCGUGCAGGUCCUCAGCCGGCACGUCCGUCUCUGCCUCUUUGAUGGCAGCUGGGUGCUGAGUAACAUUCACACAGUGAGAGCCACGUGGCUGCCUAAAAAUCCUCAGACUUGGACUUUUUCUCCAAGGGUGAUGGGCAUCUUACCCAGCUUGCUUGAUGGUGACUCUUUUGUCAGGUCCAACUCUCUGUCUUCAGACAUUGGGAUAUUGUUUGAGCUUGGCAUCACGUACAAGUGCAAUUCAACAGGUGAAAGAGGAGAGCUGAGUUGUGGCUGGGCCUUUCUGAAGCUUUUCACUUCCAGUGGGGUUCCUGUUCCUUCCAAGAUGUAUGAGCUGGUCCUGAGUGGUGGAACUCCCUAUGAGAGAGGCAUAGAGGUUGACCCAUCAAUAUCAAGGAGAGCAGGCUCUGGGGUUUUUCAGCAGUUUAUGAGCCUCAGGAAGCAACCUGUGCUUCUGGUGAAAGUGAAGUCACCAAGUGUGCACUCAAAAGAGAUCCUGAAUUUUCUCCCUGAAACAUUAGUUGGGGGCAUGUGCUACAUCCAUCUCCUGGUGUUUUAUCGACAAAUCCUUGGAGAUGCCCUCCUAAAGGACAGGACAAGCAUUCAAAGCACAGACUUAAUCUGUAAUCCUGUUCUAGCAACUUUCCCUCAACUCCUGGAUCAGCCAGACCUGAUGGAUGCACUUCGGAGUGCCUGGGCAGACAAAGAAAGAACAUUGAAGAGAAUUGAGAAGAGAGAUCAAGAAUUCCUGAAGUCUGAGUUUGUCCUGGUGUACCACAACUCUGUGUUCCCUCUGCUCUGCUCCACGUUCCUUCCCAGCUACAGAUGGGCUGAGGAAGAGGUGGAAUUAUCUCGCUGGAAGGUGAUCCAUGACUUCCUGAAAAGGAGCCGGGAGAAGGAUGGCGCGCUGGAGUACCUGCUGUCAUCAGAAAACACCCACAGAGCUUUUGACAUCUCAGAGCUGGCCUAUGAUUUCUUAGGAGAGGUGAGGGAAAACAAUCCUGGAGAAUGAACAAUUCAGGCUUUCUAAGGACAUAAUAACAAUAAAAUUAAAUUCUUACCAAAGAGAUUGUGUAGGAGCUGAAUUGUAAUGGAUAUUUUAGCACAAUUAAGAUUUUGAGAGAGAUUAAAUUUUAUCUGUUUAUCUACUGGAAA